AUCCUCCCUGGCUCCUGCCUCUUCUGCUCAUUCUUCCUCAAGCAGGUUCACGAGGGUUUGCCAAGAUGCCUCAACUUCUUAAUAGCAUUCUCAACGUAAGCAAGGUUUUCCAGGACUAUGCUGAAUAUCAUGGGGUAGGCGCUUCACUGAGCAAGAAGGAGUUGAAGCAGCUGCUGCUCACUGAGUUUGGAGACAUCCUUCGGAGACCAAAUGAUCCAGAAACUGUGGAAACCAUUCUGGAACACUUGGACCGAGACAGAAAUGGAUAUGUUGAUUUUCAUGAAUACCUCUUGCUGGUAUUCCAAUUGGUCCAAGCCUGCCAUCAUAAGCUAGAUAGUAAGUUCUAUGGAUCUAGAACCUCCUCCCAGAAAGAACAUGAUCAGGAAGGAACACGGAGCCAUAAAUUUUCAGAAAGCACAGGCAGACAACAUAGGCAGAGGUAUGAAGGAGAACGCCGGAACUCUCACCACAAUCAGUCUGAAGGACAACAUCAAAAUGUCCAACAUGAUCAGUCCCAGAGACAAGAUAAGGACUCUGAGAGACAUGAUACAGAUCCUCACUGUGGUCAGUCAGAGACAUUCCAUGGGGACUCCCACUAUGGCCAUUCUGAGAGACAAGACACAGAUUAUAGCUCAGAUCAGUCUGAGUCAGACAAUGAAUCUUCUAGUUCUAGUCAAAGACUGGGUUAUAAAUCUAGUCAUGAACAGCCCAAAGGUCAAGGAUAUGUCUUUGCCUUAAGUCAGUCUAAGAACCCUGAGCAGGCUUUUCAUUAUGGCCAGUCUAAAACAUCUGGACAACAAAGCAGUCAUGGUCAGUCUGGAAGAUUCCGAAAAGAUUCUUAUUCUAGUCAAACCAGUCAACAAGAAUCAGAUUCUUAUGAACAAUAUGGAAGUCAGCAUCAGAAAUCAGGCAACAGUCAGACAGAGAGACAAGGCCAGAAUUCUCAGUAUGGCCAGACAAAUAAAAAAGGACAUAGUUCAUACCAUGAGCAGACAGAGGGACAAGGUCAGAGUUUCCAUUAUGGCCAGAAAGGCAGAAAAGACCAGAGUUUUCAACAAGGUCAGAAAGGCAGAAAAGACCAGAGUCCUCACCUGGGUCAGAAAGGCAGGCAAGACCAGAGUCCUCACCGGGGUCAGAAAGGCAGACAAGACCAGAGUCCUCACCAGGGUCAGAAAGGCAGGCAAGACCAGAGUCCUCACCGGGGUCAGAAAGGCAGACAAGACCAGAGUCCCCACCAGGGUCAGAAAGGCAGACAAGACCAGAGUCCUCACCUGGGUCAGAAAGGCAGACAAGACCAGAGUCCUCACCAGGGUCAGAAAGGCAGACAAGACCAGAGUCCCCACCAGGGUCAGAAAGGCAGGCAAGACCAGAGUUCUCACCAGGGUCAGAAAGGCAGGCAAGACCAGAGUUCUCACCAGGGUCAGAAAGGCAGACAAGACCAGAGUUCUCACCAGGGUCAGAAAGGCAGACAAGACCAGAGUUCUCACCAGGGUCAAAGAGAGGGUCAAGACCAGAAUUCACAGUGGCAUCGGACAGACAGUCAAGGCCAGAGUUUUCAUUAUGGUCAGACAGGUGGACACAGCCUAAGUUCUCACCAGGGCCAGACAGACAGUCAAGGCCAGAAUUCAAACUGGCAUCGGACAGACAGUCAAGGCCAGAGUUUUCAUUAUGGUCAGACAGGUGGACAAGGCCUGAGUUCUCACCAGGGCCAGACCGACAGCCAAGGCCAGAAUUCAAACUGGCAUCGGACAGACAGUCAAGGACAGAGUUUUCAUUUUGAUCAGGCAGGCAGAGAAGUCCAGGGUUCUCACCAUGGUCAGACAGACAGACAAAGCCAGAAUUCAAACUGGCAUCGGACAGACAGUCAAGGACAGAGUUUUCAUUUUGAUCAGGCAGGCAAAGAAGUCCAGGGUUCUCACCAGGGUCAGACAGACAGUCAAGGCCAGAGUUCACAUUGGCAUCAGACAGACAGGCAAGGCCAGAGUUCUCAACAGGGUCACAAAGACAGACAAGGCCAGAACACUCACCAAGGUCAGAAAGGCAGGCAAGACCUGAGUCCUCACCAGGGUCAGAAAGGCAGGCAAGACCAGAGUCCUCACCUGGGUCAGAAAGGCAGGCAUGACCAGAGUCCUCACCAGGGUCAGAAAGGCAGGCAUGACCAGAGUCCUCACCAGGGUCAGAAAGGCAGACAAGACCUGAGUUCUCACCAGGGUCAGAAAGGCAGACAAGACCAGAGUCCUCACCUGGGUCAGAAAGGCAGGCAUGACCAGAGUCCUCACCGGGGUCAGAAAGGCAGGCAAGACCAGAGUCCUCACCAGGGUCAGAAAGGCAGACAAGACCAGAGUUCUCACCAGGGUCAAAGAGAGGGUCAAGAUCAGAAUUCACACUGGCAUCGGACAGACAGACAAGGACAGAGUUUUCAUUAUGGUCAGACAGGUGGACAAGGCCUGAGUUCUCACCAGGGCCAGACAGACAGUCAAGGCCAGAAUUCACAGUGGCAUCGGACAGACAGUCAAGGACAGAGUUUUCAUUUUGAUCAGGCAGGCAGAGAAGGCCAGAGUUCUCACCAUGGUCAGACAGACAGACAAAGCCAGAGUUCUCACUGUGGUCAGUCAGAGAUUGGAAAAACUGAAAAUCAAGGGCAAAACAGGCACUCUCUAGGGACUGAUAGAACAAGAAGAGACUCAUAUGUUGAACAAUCUGGAAGGUCAGUAAAACUAAGUCAGCAGAAUUCAAGAGAAGAAGUGCGUCAAACCCAGAGUCAGAGAUCCCAUGAUAGAAGGGAGCAGCAAAUCCAGCAGCAGACAUGGAAGCCUAAAGAGGACAACCAACACAAACUCUUAGCUCAGGUACAGCAAGAGCCAUACUCCUAUGAAGAAUAUGAUUGGCAAUCACAGAGCAGUGAGCAGGACCACUGCGGGGAGGAAGAAUAUCAAGACUGGGAUAGACACAGUGUUGAGGAUCAGGAAAAUCUGUAUGAGAUGCAGAACUGGCAAACUCAUGAAGAGGAACAAAGCCAUCAAACAAGUGAUAGGCAAACCCAUGUAGACGAGCAGAACCAGCAGAGACAACACAGGCAAACUCAUGAAGAAAAUCACGAUCAUCAACAUGGUAGACAUCAUGAAGAUGAGCACAAUCACAGGAGACAAGACCAUCAUCAACAAAGGGAGAGACAAACCCAUGAAGAAAAGGAGAAGUAUCAAGGAGGCCAAGACCAAUCCAGAAGCUUCCCCAACAGAGAAAAAUCCCACAUGAGUGAAGAUGACCAGUGUGAAGGGCCCCAGGGAAGACGUUUCCAUCCAACUCAUGGUGGUGGAAAGUCCCAAAGAAGAGAAAAAUCUGGAAACCACCCUACCAAACCAGCCAACUAUUCCAGCCCUUUGUACGACUAUGUCCAAGAACAGGCAGCCUAUCAGUACUAGGCUGUGUGAGCAUCAAGAUUAAAGCAGUUUGAAGCUAAAGAAGAAACCUACAUGCCAAUUCAUCUUUACUUGUGUUUAAAAGGUUGAAAUUAUAUGUCAUUUUUCUCUUUUUCGUCAGUCUACAAGAAUGCUUUGGAAGACUUGUACUCACUUUUUGAAAUUUCAAUUCCUUGAAUAGCAAUUGCAUGGUUAGUUGGUUGGGUGGAGUAAAUUAGGGGAACUAAUCAAUCUUCAUUUCAAUCACUUUGUGGAUUUGAAUCAUCGCUAGUUUAUUUUCAGUUUAGGUGAUACCUGGUUGAAUCACUGAAUGGCAGAGCACUCUCCCUGAAAUUCAGAAACAGGGAAAAGUACACUGAAAACUUAUACUAUAUUUGAAGAAAGGGAUUUUGGACUUUGGUGAGCAUUGGCUCUUAUGGGUAAAAUAUCAGGAACCACAAGCUUCAUGGUCUAGACUUGGAUGAAACAGUGAGAAGCCCCUAGGGGAGCUAGAGAUCAAGGAGAGAUUCUCUGAUAUUAGCAUCUCUGAUGCCUAGGCUCCUCUUCCUCCAUUGAUGGGUCAUGAGAAUUGACCAGACCUACUAAACCAUCACACAGAAAGAAGAUAUAUAUCUGUUUGAAGAUUCCUGGUAGCCCAAAUGUUCAACUCUGAAAACCUUUCCAACAAAGACCAUGUGUAGAACAUGAAAUUAUAUUAAAAUACUCAAUAAAUGAUUGGUGAGCAAUG